AUGAAUACCUUUUCUCCAGUAUCAAAAAUUUCAAAGCUUAUGCCUUUGAAUCAUCUAAAAAAAGCAAUAUUAAACGAUGAAGAGCCUAUGUUUCUUGAGGGAAAUAGUAAGGAAAUCAAAUUUAACGAUCUACUUAUCGUACUUAAUUAUCAUCCAGAAAAAGAAGUCACCUAAAUCAAAAGAUAAGUGUUAAAAUGUUAAGGGCUCUCAAAUAUAGGAUGGAUGAACCCAUGUCUUGACUAAGAAAAUGCUUAGAAUAUAUCAAAUAAAAAGUCUAUUUUAAAAAGAACCGAUAAUAGAAGAUUAUAAUGA